CCAUAAUGCUGGCACUCUACCUCUUGUCUCUGCUCGCCGUCCUCUCUUUGUUCUUCCGCACUCUUCGGGUCCAUCGCACCGCAGUCCCUGGACCAUGGUAUACCAAGCUCACCAGUCUGGUGCUCAAGUACCAUGAAUUCACUCGUAAUCGCCGUCUCUGGAUCCAUAAUCUACACAAGGCCUAUGGUACGGUGGUUCGGCUGGCCCCAAACGAAGUCUCCUUUUCCAACCUGGACGGCGUCAAGGAGAUCUACCAAAGUGGGGGGAGUGGCUAUGAUAAGACGGAGUUCUAUGGUCUUUUCAGGCAGUAUAAUCAUCGAACAAUGUUCUCGACUCUGAAUAAACACGAUCAUUCCCAGCGCCGAAGGCUUUUUGCAGACCGCUACGCCAUGACCAACAUUGUGAGCUCACCCGUGAUGGAUGGAAUCCGACAGCGUGCAGCACAGGUCGUGGCUAAAUGCCGAGCGUCAAUUGGCGGCCACCUCGAUAUCUAUGGAACAUUGCACUGCUACGCACUGGACUGCGCAUCGCACUUCCUCUUCAACCCCGGGGGAACUCAAACCCUGAAUGAAAAAGACGUGGUGCUAAUGGAAGAACUAUCUCACCACGACAGCCUAAAACAGCGAGUCAUCCAGCACUACUGGCCCUGGCUCAACACCAUUCUGACCUUCUACCAACCACGCAAAAUGCUCCUAUCUCAAGAAUUCGUGCUCGAUCGAACUCUCAAUUCCCAACCGCACGACUCCUCCCUGUUAUCCAAGCUGCAGAGCAAAUCCGCAGAUCUGGAGCGUGUCCAGAUGGCCGCCGAAUGCAUGGACCAUAUGGCUGCGGGUAUUGAGACCACGGGCGACAGUCUGUGUUUCCUAAUGCAUGAGUUGUCGCUGCCUCGGUCGCGACGUAUCCAGGAGAAGCUCCGCCACGAGGCUCGUCAAAACCUUGAUAAGAAGACUGACGAGCUACCGUACUUAGACGCGGUGAUUAAAGAGGGACUCAGACUGUUCGCUCCGAUCCCUAUGAGCCUUCCUCGAUAUGUACCGCUGAACGGCCGAACGAUCGCAGGAUAUACUCUUCCCGCAGGCGAGAUUGUCAGCUGUCAAGCAUACUCCGUGCAUCGGCUUAAUGAGGGCGUGUUUCCCCAUGCGGAGGAAUAUUGGCCAGAGAGGUGGCUGGAGCAGGAGGGGGAGUUGGAGAGGAACCGACUGUUCUUUGCGUUUGCGGCCGGUGGGAGAGGGUGUAUUGGUAGGAAUCUCGCCGUGGUUGAAAUGAAGACCCUCCUACGUGAACUCUACAGCAAGUUCACCACUACGGUCUCGGAGGAGAUGAAGGGCGACAUGUCGAUUGAUGACCAGAUUAUUGCCUCUCGUCCGAAGGAUCAGACGUGUCUACUAAGUUUCAGUGAAGCGACCGCUUGGACUUGAAUCCGAUAUACUACUCAGCCGUGUCUCAGGAGGAAGUAUUAAUCGCACACUGCAGCUCGGCACACAUCA